GGGGGGGGGGCAAGGAGCUGACGACAUGGAACUCUCUCUCUGUCCUGCUUUUUUUUUUUUUUUUUCAUCCUCGAGGUUGAGCAGUUGCAGUGCUAAGGUCGACAGAUUCGCGGCGCGGGACAACGUGUUACUGGUACCCAAAGCUGAAUCCCUCUCUCCGUCCCUCCUUGUUCCCUGCAGUGGCGGGGAACGCGUGCGGAAAAUGCAAGACUUGAUGUAAGCAAUCAGCCCACGAAAACGCGGGCGAAAGAGUCCCUGCCUGCAGGGCGUCAUCGCGCAAGAUGCAGUUGCGGGAGGGGGCCGGUUUCGUCGCACAGGAUGAGGUCACACAGUACACCAUACAUUGUCUUGAUGUAUCUCUCUCUCUCUUUUUUUUCUUCUUCUCUUGUACACAAGCCGCAUCCAUGAGGGGACCUGAGAUGGAGGGGAUCAUGGCUCGCUUAUCGGAAGGGGUGGUACUGACGCAAUAUCGGGAUCACGCGAAGCGCCUGUUCCUGGUUCACAGGUUUGGGAUGCCGAGCGUCCUCCAUGGCUUCUCGGUAGGUGCCGUCGCUGGGGGGGGGGCUUCUAUCUUCCCUUGUGCUUCCGAAGGUGCAACAUGUCUGGCCGUCGGAACCGGAUGCCGUGUACAAGUGCCCUCCGGUGUGAGGCGCCAUGUCGCGGCUCGUUCCUGGCUGUGUCUCACCGCCACGGCCAAUAUUGGACAUGCCGCAACACGUUGCGGGAAGCAACGGGAAGAGAAACAUAUCUCGGGAAGAGAAACACAUCUUGGAUCAACCAAUUCUUUUUUUCCCUCCCCGUGGGUGUGAUGUUUCUGGAAUCACGCCAGUGAGACGUCUCACCGUCUGAUUGGGGGUCUCGGUCAUACAAGAGACGGGGGGGGCGGAGACCGGCAUAUCGACCCCGAGGCUUGAGACAGCCCUGACCCGGUCACGAGAAAGACCCUGUCUGUUGGUUAAUCAACUCCAACAGCAUUGUUCGUUGUUGUCCGCAUCAUCUGAGACAGAUGCUCGGUGGUUCUCUUUGAUUCCGUAGAGCCUGGUAAUCGCGGGUAGCGCCUCUGCCUGGUGGGUGUCAGUAUGCCGUCCAUGCUACUGGGGAGGGGCCAGAGGAAGCGAGAUCAGUCUCUCUUUUUUCUUCUUCUUCCUUUGGCACGCAUGCAAG